AUGCCACAACGAACAGCAACAAGCUUAAAUGCCCCAACAAACGACGACAAGGAAAUCGGCCCGGAAGUGACCAAGCUGUGUCACGACCUCGACGCAAUCAACUCCAAAGUGCACGGCGCUACCAACUCGACACCCGAGACUCCCAAAAUUCUUGCCGAGAUGCAAAAGAUCGGCGACAGCAAAACCGUCACCUCCAUCUCGUCGAUGGCAGAAACACACCUCCAUCUCGCUGUCCCCUUCAAAAUCGUCACCACUUAA